AUGAUAAUAAUUAUUCACCAUCUGGUGGGGUGGUUUCAUCCCAACAUAUCUGGUGUCGAAGCAGAAACAGUACUAUUGGAAAGAGGUUUCGAUGGGUCUUUCCUAGCAAGGCCAAGUCGAGCCAAUCCAGGGGAUUUUACAUUAUCUGUAAGGAGAAAUGGAGAAGUGACUCACAUAAAAAUUCAAAACACUGGAGAUUUUUAUGAUUUGUAUGGAGGAGAAAAAUUUGCAACACUUUCCGAAUUGGUUCAGUAUUAUGUGGAAAAUCAAGGUCAGGUUCGUGAAAAAAACGGUCAAGUUAUAGAAUUGAAAUAUCCGUUGAAUUGCGCGGAUCCGACGCCGGAAAGGUGGUUUCACGGUCACAUUUCUGGAAAAGAAGCGGAAAAAAUGAUAUUGGAAAAGGGUAAAAAUGGAAGUUUUCUGGUACGAGAAUCCCAGAGCGAACCAGGUCAUUUUGUUUUAUCCGUCAGAACGGAAGACAGAGUCACACACGUUAAAAUUAGAUGUCAGGAGAAUAAAUACGACGUCGGAGGCGGCGAAAGGUUCGAAUCCCUGAGCGAACUAAUAGAAUAUUACAAGAAAAAUCCAAUGGUCGAAACAAGUGGAACGGUUGUUCAUUUGAAACAACCUUUUAACGCGACAAGAAUCAACGCUUCCGGCAUAGACACGAGAGUCAAAGAAUUACAGAAGGAAAAUGGUGCGGCAACUGGAAAAGCUGGAUUUUGGGAAGAAUUUGAAAGUUUGCAGCAGCAAGAAUGUAGACAUUUAUUCACAAGAAAGCAAGGGCAAAGACCCGAAAACAGAAACAAAAAUAGAUAUAAAAAUAUUUUGCCAUUCGAUCACACGAGGGUGAAAUUAAAAAAUGCGGAUCCCAACAUUCCGGGUUCCGAAUACAUAAACGCGAAUUACAUAAGGCAGGAACCGCAGGAAGGUUCGGGUUUGGCGGGUUCCGAAGUCGGACUGAAAUCAUAUAUCGCAACGCAAGGUUGUUUGCCGAGCACGGUUGCCGAUUUGUGGAUGAUGGUCUGGCAGGAAAACGUCAGAGUUAUCGUUAUGACUACCAAAGAAAUAGAACGGGGAAAAAAUAAAUGCGCCAGGUAUUGGCCGGACAAAAACCAAAGCAAAGAAUACGGGCCGAUAAAAGUUUGCAGCGUGAGCGAAACAUCAACAAGCGAUUACACAUUACGUCAGUUUCUAGUCUCAUCCGAAGAAGGCACAGAACAGAAAACCAUUUACCAUUACCACUUUCAAGCCUGGCCCGACCACGGCGUGCCCUCUGACCCCGGCUGUGUUCUCAAUUUUUUACACGACGUGAACGCUCGUCAAGAAUCCAUUCCAGAUGCGGGCCCCGUACUCGUUCAUUGUUCGGCGGGAAUCGGGAGAACGGGAACGUUUAUAGUUAUCGACAUGAUAUUAGACAUGAUCAAAAGGCAGGGUCCCGACUGUGAAAUAGAUAUUCAAAGAACAAUUCAAAUGGUUCGUUCGCAACGUUCUGGAAUGGUUCAAACUGAAGCACAGUACAAAUUUGUUUACCUAGCCGUACAGCACUAUAUAAAUACGUUAACGCAAAGAAUACAAGCCGAACAGAAAAGCCUUCAAUUGGGUCGAGAAUACACGAAUAUAAAAUACACAGAGUGCAAAGUCAACGACGGGGGAGGGAGCGGUGGGAGCAGUUGCGGGGGAAGUAAAACUCAAAUCGAUCUUCCAAGGCCUCCGGAAGAUUUGCCACGACAAAUGUACGAAAACCUUCCGUUAAAAGAAAGGGGUCACAAUAACGUGGGAGCGUCACCGGGUCCGACGGCGGGAACUCGAUCUCCGACUUCUGCCACGUCUCCCCCGACUCCCGCCCCUAGAAAUUGCAUUUAUUAA